AUGAAUCCGAAGCCGUACGACAAGGGCAAGAAAACUACACAGCUGCUCAGUGACGUCACAGGAAUGACGUCACUGAGCAGCUGUCCCGCUCACACCACCAGCCGUCCCUCUCCAACACGCGGACGCGCGACGCACUUCCGAACACUUUCGCGGGCUUUCGGCUUCGCUCGUCCCGGCUCGGCGCCAGCUGACCGUGCGAGCGAGACGGCGAUAGCGGCGUCAUGCGCGUUAGAGAGGGACCGCGCGGGGCGCACCACCGAUCGCCGCCAUUUAUUUCUUUCCAGUGCUCGACUCGGUCGUAGUGACAGCGUCUUGAUAUAA